AUGUGCUUUCAGGAAAGUGAGGCCAAGGACAUCAUUGGAGCCAACAUUUGCUUCAAGUUCCUGCGGCUGCUGACAACGUGCAGGACGCUGAUGGCACCUGGCAGAGGUUGCUUGGCCCUGGCCAUUCUGCUGGCAAUCAUGGACAUCCAGCUUGGCGGGUGCAUGCACAUCCAAAGCUCGUUUCACCAGGAAGGAAAACGACUAAGCUUGAUCUGUACUUUGCAGUAUAAGAAAGAAGAGGCUGAGGGGGCUAUAGUGUUUUUGUGCAAGGACAGGUCUUCGGACUGUUUCCCUGAGACCAGCUUAGAGCAACUGAGACUUAAACGGGAUCCUGGGAGAGAUGGUGUCAGUGAAAGAUCAUCUAAGUUGGUGUUCACCAUAAACCAAACCACACCAUCGGACAGCGGGACCUACCAGUGUUGUGCCACAAGCCAGACGCCAGAAAUCCGCCUUCAGGGCCACUUUUUCUCUGUUUUAGUCACAGAGACAGGGAACUACACAGUGAAGGGACUGAAACAAACAGGAUACUCCGAGUUCAGUCACAGUAAAGGCACUCUCAGUUCAGGCUUCCUGCAAGAAAAAGCCUGGGUGAUGCUGGUCACCAGCCUGGUGGCCCUUCAAGCUUUGUAAGCCUUGUGCCAGAAACUUUAAAAAAACAAGUUACAGCAAGAUAAACCUGACUCUCUUUAGCUUGCUACCUUUCACAUUACAACAUACACAGAGAAGAAAACAGCACAGGGGAAGAGAUGCUAAAUAUGCCAAGAACCUGGGAAAUGUAAGGUGGGACAAAUAAUGUAUUCCUUGAGUUCCCCUCCUCACUGCCAUAACAAACCUGCCUUUCUUCCCACCUCUGUAACCACUUAAGAAAAAAAAAAAAAAAAGAACAACUUUUACAAAAGUAGCUGGCGGACAGUUCUCAC